ACUGCGCCUGCGUUAAUGGGUUGGAAGUUGGCGGCCUUUGAUGUUUGUGGGUUUGGAGAGUUAGGAAAGUGACAGGUCGGCAGUUGGGCGGAUUUUUGAGGCACGGUAUGACUAGAAAAAGGAAAGAAAGGGGCGUUCGUAGACGGGAACAAUACGGACAGUAACAAUCUCACGAUUGUUGAAAGUAUCGACGGAGUUAUUUCUCCUGGAAGGGACAGGUAACAAGGCAUCUGUCUUCUGGCAUGGAACAGAAUCCAGAACAAUUUUUUGGAACAAGAAUUGAUGAGUCUUCACUGAUUGAAGGAGUAAGCAACCAAGUACUUCUGACAUUAGCUAUCACCAUUACAAUGUUGGGUGGUUUGGCAACAUUCCUGUAUAGAACUGAGCACCAGAACAUCCAUCCUGACAAUCAAGAACGUGUGAGGGAGCUCCGUCAGCACCUCCAAGCUGAGGCUUUAAGUUAUCAGGAUGGAUUUGAAAGAGAUAGACAGCAAUUCUACACAGAUUUGUCCUGUCCAGUCUGUUUACAGCAAGCUGCGUUUCCUGUUGAAACCAACUGUGGUCACCUAUUCUGUGGUUCCUGUAUUGUUGCAUACUGGACUUAUGGCACGUGGUUGGGAGCAGUUAAUUGUCCCAUCUGCAGACAAAUGGUUACAUUGUUAUUCCCAUUGUUCCCGGUGAAUGAUGAGCAGCAAGAGUCUCUGCAGGUCACUCAAAAUAUAAAUGAUUAUAACAGAAGAUUUUCUGGUCAGCCCAGAUCUUUUAUAGAUCGUAUAUUGGAUGUUCCCACACUACUGCGUCAUGCCUUCGCAGAACUGUUUUCAAUCAGCGGCCUGUUCUGGAUGUUCCGAAUACGAAUUUUCCUCUGUCUGGCUGGUGCCUUAUUCUAUUUAGCAUCACCGCUGGACUUUAUUCCUGAAGCAUUUUUUGGAAUUCUGGGUUUUCUGGAUGACCUAUUUGUUAUUUUUCUACUCCUCAUCUAUAUUUCUAUCAUGUAUCGAGAAGCGGUAACACAAAGAUUGAAUAGAUGAAUUAAUAUUCCUAAAACAAGAGAAACCUGACUGAAAUGAAGUUAAAUGUGCACGGUUUCCUGGAAAUUAAAUUGUUACAUCUUGCUGGCCUGGUCAGAAGCUUUUGCAAACUAUGAACUUCAGCAAACUCCACAUUAACAAUAGCCAAGAAAAAUGCAAAUCUUAAAUUUGCAGUUCCAGCAUUUGUUUGUCAAUUGAUGCAAUUCAAACUGAAAUGAGUCAGGAAAUGCUUGUCUCUUUUUAUUGCAUAACUUUUUAAAGAGUUAAAAUUUGAAUUAUUGUAGAUUGAGUAAGCUUCAUUGAGUUGAAAUCUAUAUGGUGUAAUUGAGAUGUUAAAUUUGAAGACAGUCAGAUAUAGGAUUUUGUAAAUGCAAGUUUUGGUUGUUUAAAUGAAAACUGCAACAAUGGUAAAUCAUGAGGCUAGAUUAUGUGCUUUUGAGUUAGGUUUCUCUUGUUGAUUUGCACUUCGUAUAAAAAUGUAGAGGAAAAUUGAAAAUGUCCAUUGUGUGUGUACUUAGGAGUUUAAGGACCAGAGCCUAUUGUAAAUAGAAUGCAGGGAUUUUCUACCUGCAUAUUAUCUAUGCUAAAAACAUUUAUUUGAUAUUGGAAAGAUUUUGAAUUCCCAGUAUAUAACAAAAUGUGAACAAAUUAUUCCUUUUCAUUAAAAAUCUUUGGAUGCCUUGUUUGUAAUGCCACUUGAUCGGCACCCCAUCCAUCACUCACAUUUCUUCUCCUACCUGCUCAGCCUGGUUAGAAGAUGCAUUGCAAAAACUUGCCAAAGCUCCUUUGAUCUCUGUCAUCUAGAAGGGCAAGGGCAACAAGUGCAUGGAAACUCACCGCCUCUAAGUUCCCCUUCAAGUUGCACACCAUUCUUAUUUGGAAAUGGAUCACUCUUCCUUCUCUGUAGGUGGACCAAACUCCUGGAACAUUCUACCUAACAACUCACAGAAGUUCCUUUAGCGUGCAGUCGGCAGCAUUUCACAAAGACAGCUCACAACCUCCUCCUCAAGGCUCAUUAGGAAUGGAUAACAACUUCUGGCCUUGCCACAAAUGCUGAGAAUGCAUAAAUAUAUUAAGUUAAUUGAUGAUACUUCAUUCAUUUGCCUGAUCACCAUCUUCAUAAGUUUAAAAUCACUGAGGCACGUGGAUGAUUGCUGAUUAACUUAACGCUGAAAUAUUUAAAAUGGUGAGGUUGAAAUGAUUAUGGAAUUGAAUAGAAAAGAAGUGGCAAAGUAGACUGGAAUGCUUACAUAUUUUAGUCAGCCCAUUGGGAUAGACUCAUUCUUUCACACUUCCCAAUUUAAACUGGGUGCUAUGGAUCAGGUGUUUUUGCCCGGGGAACCAAUUGAAGAAAUAUUGGAAGUAAUUAUAAAGCCCCUGGUGGUUUGUUUUGGUCAGCAUUGUUCAAACUGAACUGUGUAGAAUGCUUUGUGAUUGAGAGAGCUACAGUUGUGUUUACUAUCACUCUAAGAAAGAGCAAGAAAUGUGCCAAUGUUAUCGACAACCAUGAGCUACAACCAUUUAAAUGAAAAUGUGAUUUUGAUGCCAGAUGAAUAUGCGAUUUAGCAUUCCUGGGGGUGGGGCGGGAGGUGGGUGGGCUUCCAGGAUUAAAUAGUUUUCCAUUCAGUUGUAUUUAGGUGCUUACUUGGAGCUGGAUUAGUCAAAAAUGAAUUCUAUUACCCUGCUAUCCUCUUUGUUUGAACUUUUUGCUUUCAAAUGCAAUAAUCUCUAGCUCAAUAAAGGUUUAAACUAUUAACUGUUAAAGAUGUUUGAAUAAAGAUAAAGGAUAAAAAUG